GCAGCUCCGGGGAACCCGGGCCCGGCACACUGAUAUCCCGACAUCCUGAGCGCUGCAUUCCCAGCAGGACGACGCCGAAGCGGUUUUCUGCAUCGUUCUGUCGUCUUUCUCAGCCUUGUUUCCCACCGCUGCUGCUUGUUUUUACCUCCAUUGUCCCACCAUGCAGCGUGAACCGCCGAAGAAGAAGCAAGAGAAGUCGGAAAAGCGGCUCUUUGACCCCACAUCCUUCGGGAAGGACCUGCUGGCAGGCGGGGUCGCAGCGGCUGUGUCCAAGACCGCGGUGGCCCCCAUCGAGCGGGUGAAGCUGCUGCUGCAGGUGCAGGCAUCGUCCAAGCAGAUCAGUGCCGAGGCGCAGUACAAAGGCAUGGUGGACUGCCUGGUGCGGAUUCCCCACGAGCAAGGUUUCUUCAGUUAUUGGCGUGGUAAUUUGGCAAAUGUUAUCCGAUAUUUUCCAACACAGGCUCUAAAUUUUGCUUUUAAAGACAAAUACAAACAACUUUUCAUGUCUGGAGUAAAUAAAGAAAAACAGUUCUGGAGGUGGUUUUUGGCAAACCUAGCUUCUGGUGGAGCUGCUGGAGCAACAUCCUUAUGUGUCGUUUAUCCGCUAGACUUUGCCCGAACCCGAUUAGGUGCUGAUAUUGGAAAAGGUCCUGAAGAGCGACAAUUCAAGGGUUUAGGUGACUGUAUUAUAAAAAUAGCAAAAUCAGAUGGAAUUGUUGGUUUGUACCAAGGAUUUGGUGUUUCAGUUCAGGGUAUCAUUGUGUACCGAGCCUCCUAUUUUGGAGCAUAUGACACAGUUAAGGGCUUAUUACCAAAACCAAAGGAAACCCCAUUUCUUGUCUCCUUUUUCAUUGCUCAAGUUGUGACCACAUGCUCUGGAAUUCUCUCUUAUCCCUUUGACACAGUUAGAAGACGCAUGAUGAUGCAGAGUGGUGAGGCUGAACGGCAAUAUAAAGGAACAUUAGACUGCUUUGUGAAGAUACACCAACAUGAGGGAAUCAACGCAUUUUUUCGUGGUGCCUUCUCCAAUAUCCUUCGUGGUACAGGGGGUGCUUUGGUGUUGGUACUAUAUGAUAAAAUUAAAGAAUUCCUUAAUAUUGAUAUUGGAGGUAGUUCAUCAGGAGAUUAAGAAAUACAUGUAUUUAACUUGUUAAACAUACAAAUUAUAUAGCUGCCAUUUGUAUACAAUUUAAUAGAGUGUUAUUACUGUCAAUAUUUUUUAGAAUCCUAAUUCUACAAUAAAGCAUAUGCUUUUUCAAGGAUUUUAAAUACUAAAAAUCAGAUAAAUGUGGGUUUCCUUCCUACUUAGACUCAAACUUUAAUGAGACAUAUGACUUAUAAGUAGUAUGUGUUAUAUCUAUUAGUUUAAAAUCUUUUUCUUUUCUGAUGAAAAAUUAAAAUGUAUAACACUAAAAUCUAAGAAAUGAAAGCAUAUUCUUUUUAAAUGCUCUUCUCUUAAUAUAACUGUCUUCUCAUCUUUUAAAAUCAUAUGAUAUGACAAAUAUUAAAAGCUUAUCAGGAGAUGGCAUCAUAUUUAUGGGCAGAAGUAAACUUUCUUCUACAACAUCUCUAUUAAGACAGCUCAGGUAUUACUAUGUAUAGUUUAUUUUAUCAUAUACCUGUUAUAAGCACAGAUUCUAGAUCUGAUCAUAAAAAAUUGAUGACUUUAUGAUAGUAUAAACAUGUGGAUGGAAAAGAUAUAAAAUGGUGUGCCUACUUUUAUCUUUAAAAUAAAAUUUGGCUAAUGUGAAUAUAUCUUGGAACAAAAAAUAUACCUUUGAGAAUGUUUGUGUCUCUGUAUUGAUAAUAAAGUUUAAAACUGUUAUAUAUGAGCUUUUU